AUGGUGCGAAGGGUCACGGGGAUCCUUGUGCUCAUAGUCCAGCCCUCUCACGAGACGCCCCGCGGACACCGUGCGCACGCGGGGGCCCCCGGAGCCACCCCGCCGCCCUUCAUCGAUCGGUCCAGCCGCCACGUCCCCGCCACCCGCAUCGCCCGCCGGGACCUGCACGCCUUCCUGGAGCUGCUCAUCCCCGAGGGGCGCCUCCGCCUGCGCUUCACCAUCUCGUGCGCCGAGCCGGCCACGCUGCACCUGGACACCCCCGUGGCCGACGACCGCUGGCACAUGGUGCUGCUGACCCGCAACGCGCGGGAGACCAUGCUGGUGGUGGACGGCGAGGCCCGCGUGGCCGAGGUCAAGUCCAAGCGGCGCGACAUGGCCGUGGAGAGCGACCUCUUCGUGGGCGGCGUGCCCCCGGACGUGCGCCUCUCGGCCCUCACCCUCAGCACCGUCAAGUACGAGGCGCCCUUCAAGGGGCUGGUGGCCAACCUCAAGGUGGGCGACACGCCACCCGCCCUCCUGGGCAGCCAGGGUGUGCGCAGCGACGCCGAGCUCCUCUGCGCCCGCCAGAACCCCUGCGCCCACGGCGGGCUCUGCACCGUGCUGGACGGCGAGGCCCACUGCGACUGCAGCAUGACCGGCUUCCAGGGCAAGUUCUGCAGUGAAGGUCCUGCUCACCUGAUGUUAAACAGCCAAGGGAAGGAGGAGUACGUGGCGACCUUCAAGGGCAACGAGUUCUUCUGCUACGACCUGUCACACAACCCGAUCCAGAGCAGCACGGACGAGAUCACGCUGUCCUUCCGCACGCUGCAGCGCAACGGCCUCAUGCUGCACACGGGCAAGUCGGCCGACUAUGUCAACCUGUCACUCAAGAGCGGCGCCGUCUGGCUCGUCAUCAACCUGGGCUCGGGCGCCUUCGAGGCCCUGGUGGAGCCCGUCAACGGCAAGUUCAACGACAACGCCUGGCACGACAUCCGCGUCACCCGGAACCUGCGCCAGCACGCAGGAAUCGGACACGCUAUGGUGACCAUCUCGGUGGACGGGAUCCUGACCACGACGGGCUACACGCAGGAGGACUACACCAUGCUGGGCUCCGACGACUUCUUCUACAUCGGGGGCAGCCCCAACACGGCCGACCUGCCGGGCUCCCCCGUCAGCAAUAACUUCAUGGGGUGUCUCAAGGACGUGGUGUACAAGAACAACGACUUCAAGCUGGAGCUGUCGCGCCUGGCCAAGGAGGGUGACGCCAAGAUGAAGCUGCACGGGGAACUGGCCUUCCGCUGCCAGGACGUGGCCGCCCUGGACCCCGUCACCUUCGAGGCGCCCGAGGCCUUCCUCGCCCUGCCCAAGUGGAGCGCCAAGAAGACGGGCUCCAUCUCCUUCGACUUCCGCACCACCGAGCCCCACGGCCUGCUACUCUUCUCCCAUGGGCGCCUCCAGCCGCCCCGCGAGGGGCCAGGGCCAGGGCCAGGCCCCGCGCGCCCCGACCGGCCCCCCAAGGCCGACUACUUUGCCAUGGAGCUGCUUGACGGCUACCUCUACCUGCUGCUGGACAUGGGCUCGGGCGGCAUCAAGCUGCGGGCCAGCAGCAAGAAGGUCAACGACGGCGAGUGGUGCCACGUGGACUUCCAGCGCGACGGGCGCAAAGGCUCCAUCUCGGUGAACAGCCGCAGCACACCCUUCCUGGCCAGCGGCGAGAGCGAGAUCCUGGACCUGGACAGCGAGCUGUACCUGGGGGGGCUGCCCGAGGGCCGGCCCGACCUGCACCCCCCACCAGAGCUGUGGACGGCCUUCCUGCGCCUGGGCUACGUGGGCUGCGAUGUGAGACGGGUGACGGCUGGGGGGCGGCAGGGGUCUCAGGGGUUGGGACAGCCUGCCUCCCUGAGGGGGCUCGGGGGGUACCGAGGCCCAGGCAUGAGACGUGGUGGGAGCUCGGGGCCAGCUCCGCGAGAGGGGCCGGGAGGUCCCCGGGGAGGCCGUGAGACCAGCGACGGCCUGGGGGGCCUGGGCCGUGGCCCUCACGCCCCCCACCCCGGCUCCGCAGAGGCGACGGUGCUGAGCUAUGACGGCAGCAUGUACAUGAAGAUCCUGCUGCCGGGCGUGAUGCACACGGAGGCGGAGGACGUGUCGCUGCGCUUCAUGUCGCAGCGGGCCUACGGGCUCAUGCUGGCCACCACGUCGCGGGAGUCGGCCGACACGCUGCGCCUCGAGCUGGACGGCGGCCAGAUGAAGCUCACCGUCAACCUUGACUGUGUCAGGAUAGGCUGUCACCCCAGCAAAGGCCCCGAGACGCUGUUCGCGGGGCACAAGCUGAACGACAACGAGUGGCACACGGUGCGGGUGGUGCGGCGCGGCAAGAGCCUGCAGCUCUCCGUGGACAACGUCACCGUGGAAGGGCAGAUGGCCGGGGCGCACACCCGCCUGGAGUUCCACAACAUCGAGACGGGCAUCAUGACAGAGCGGCGCUUCAUCUCAGUGGUGCCGUCCAACUUCAUCGGGCACCUGAGCGGGCUGGUGUUCAACGGGCUGCCCUACAUGGACCUGUGCCAGCACGGCGACAUCGCCUACUGCGAGCUCAACGCCCGCCUGGGCCUGCGCGCCAUCGUGGCCGACCCCGUCACCUUCAAGAGCCGCGGCAGCUACCUGGCGCUGGCCACGCUGCAGGCCUACGCCUCCAUGCACCUCUUCUUCCAGUUCAAGACCACGGCACCCGACGGCCUCAUCCUCUUCAACAGCGGCAACGGCAACGACUUCAUCGUGGUGGAGCUUGUCAAGGGGUAUGUCCACUACGUGUUCGACCUGGGCAAUGGGCCGUCGCUGAUGAAGGGGAACUCGGACAAGCCGGUGAACGACAACCAGUGGCACAAUGUGAUCGUGUCGCGGGACACCAACAAUGUGCACACGCUCAAGAUCGACUCGCGCACGGUCACGCAGCACUCCAACGGCGCCCGCAACCUGGACCUCAAGGGGGAGCUGUACAUCGGGGGCCUGAGCAAGAACAUGUUUCACAACCUGCCCAAGCUGGUGGCGUCGCGUGAUGGCUUCCAGGGCUGCCUGGCCUCCGUGGACCUCAACGGGCGCCUCCCCGACCUGCUGGCUGACGCCCUGCACCGCAUCGGCCAGGUGGAGCGCGGCUGUGACGGCCCCAGCACGACGUGCACCGAGGAUUCGUGCGCCAACCAGGGCGUCUGCCUGCAGCAGUGGGAUGGCUACACGUGCGACUGCACUAUGACCUCGUACGGCGGCCCCGUGUGCAACGACCCCGGCACGACGUACAUCUUCGGGAAGGGCGGUGCGCUCAUCACCUACACGUGGCCGCCCAACGACCGGCCCAGCACACGCGCCGACCGCCUGGCCGUGGGCUUCAGCACGCACCAGAAGAGCGCCGUGCUCGUGCGGGUCGACAGCGCCUCCGGCCUCGGCGACUACCUCCAGCUGCACAUCCGCUUCACGCGCAGCGGGGGGAACGCCACGCUCCAGGUGGCCAACUGGCCCGUCAACGAGCGCUACCCUGCAGGCAACAGUGAUAAUGAACGCCUGGCGAUUGCUAGACAGAGAAUACCGUAUCGGCUCGGUCGAGUAGUAGAUGAGUGGCUACUCGACAAAGGUCGGCAGCUGACCAUCUUUAACAGCCAGGCCGCCAUCAAGAUCGGGGGCCGCGACCAGGACCGCCCCUUCCAGGGCCAGAUCUCGGGGCUGUACUACAACGGGCUGAAGGUGCUGGCGCUGGCGGCCGAGAGCGACCCCAACGUGCGGGCUGAAGGCAACCUGCGCCUGGUGGGCGAGGUGCCCUCCGUGCUCACCACUGAGACCACGGCCACCACGCUGCUGGCCGACAUGUCCACCACCAUCAUGGAGACCACCACCACCAUGGCCACCACUACCACGCGGCGUGGGCGCUCCCCCACCAUGCGUGACAGCAUUGCCCAGAACACGGACGACUUGCUGGUGGCGUCGGCCGAGUGCCCGAGCGACGACGAGGACCUGGAGGAGUGUGAGCCCAGCACAGGGAACACGCAGCAGAAGCCAUUGAACCUGGAACGCCAGGCCCUGGCUGGUGAAACCGGGAGGAGACCACAGGUGUCCGGGCUGCCAGGCCCCCCUGCUCUGACUCCCUAG